AUAACUUGCGCAGCAACCAAUAAAUUGGAAACUGAAGGCAGAGGAUUAAAAUCUCCUUUAAUAAAUACUAGUCCCAUGUGUCAUAAAAUGGAGGUCCAUAGCGGGAGAUUGCAAGCCAGUUCUUAGAUGGCACUCACGAAACGGAAUACAUUAUCGCAGCUGCGUGAUUACCUACUCCUCGUAAACACCAUUUCGCGCAAACCGCAUCACAGUUGACCCAAGCUCUGCAAGAGAAGAAUGUGAAUCCAGGAACUGACCAAUUGCAGUAAGCAAUGGGAGAGGUGGAGUAGAGGGCAGCCGUGCGCACCGGAGGGGCGAGGGCCUGAGUCAUGGGGCGGGGGCGAAAAACCAUGCAGGAAACCGAUUUGGGCCAGGAAAGAGGAUUGGGCAAAGUGGGGAGCAGCCAGAAGGAACUCGGAUUGGGAAGGAGCGCCUUGGAGCGCACGGAAACGGUUGCUGUGUUCCUCGAUUCGGGAACAUGCCCAGAUCAACCCUCUUGCUUUAGUUAGGGAAACGAAUGGAUGGGAUCACACAACCACCUUUUCUUGAUCGACUGCGGUCACGCGCUGCGACGGAAGAUGACUUCCGCAAUCUUAUGUACACAUCAAGAGGAAGGCAGCACGCAGGCGCGCUUCUCCCUCUGCGCAAAGGCUGCAGGGCGCACGAGAGUCUCCACCUCCGAGAACCUCUCAGCUGAUCAAGGCUAACUACUUGCAGCCGCGCUUUUCAGGGAGGGGAAAAGUCCGGCAAGUCGUGCCUAGCUCCCCGGAUCGAAUCAUCCAACUGCUUGCAGGGCUUUUGUGUUUCUCCGUCUCCGCACCGGUGGGCUUUGAUCCCACGUGGCUCCCACCUGCUUUUCGCCCAAGAUGCACGCUUUAGGUCCUGCUCCUGCUUGCGCGCUUUCGGUCCUGCUCCUCCUGGUUGCUUCGUGGCGGGUCGGGUCGACGGAGGUGCACAGCCUGCAGGGGAGCUGGCGGUUGAGCAACGGGAACGGCUCGCUGGUGCUGGGAGGAGAUGUGCCCGGGUGCGUGCACACCGCGUUGCUCCGACACGGUCUCAUCCAGGAUCCUUAUCACAGAUUUAAUGACCUGGCCUACGCAUGGAUAUCCUUGGAUAACUGGACAUACAGCAGAGAUUUCAAAACUCCCUUUGAUAUCAGGAAAUGGCAAAAAGUGAGUUUGGUUUUUGAUGGGGUGGAUACAGUAGCACAGAUUGUGGUCAAUAAUGUCACUGUUGGGAGGACGGACAACAUGUUCAACAGAUACAGCUUUGAUAUUACCGAUGUGAUCAAGGAGGUCAAUGCAAUUCAUGUUAAUUUUGUCUCGGCUGUUUGGUAUGCUGCAGAGCAGAGUAAAAAUCACCAAGCAUACAAGGUGCCUCCGGAAUGCCCUCCACCUGUACAGAAAGGACAAUGUCACGUUAACUUCAUCAGAAAGGAGCAGUGCUCAUUUAGCUGGGACUGGGGCCCCUCUUUCCCUACUCAGGGCAUUUGGAAGGAUGUCAGGAUUGAAGCAUAUAAUCUUUGCCGCCUGCUUUAUUUCUCAGUGACUCCUCAGUAUGUGCAAAACACUCAGCAGUGGAGUCUCAAAAUAGAGCUGGAUUUUGAUGUCAUCAGCUCAAAGCCAGUUGCUGCUCUCGCGACUGUGAGCAUUCCUGAGCUGCAGACGCAGCAGACAUUCACAGUGGAGCUCCGUCCUGGUGAAGGCAGCGCCGUGCUGCUCGUAAACAUAAGUAAGGCUGCAGCACUGGAGACUUGGUGGCCAAGAGGACAUGGGAACCAGACUGGGUACAACAUGACAACUACAUUCAUUGCAGAGGGAGGUUGCAAGAUUGAGAAGCUUUCUAAGGUUUAUUUCCGAACAGUAGAACUUGUAGAAGAGCCCAUUCCUGGCUCACCUGGUUUGAGUUUUUAUUUCAGAAUCAAUGGACUCCCUAUUUUUAUGAAGGGUUCCAACUGGAUUCCCGCUGAUUCUUUUCAAGACAGAGUGACCUCUAAAAGGUUAAGGAUCCUCUUGCAGUCGGCGGCUGAUGCCAACAUGAAUAUGCUCCGCGUUUGGGGAGGAGGCAUAUAUGAGCAAGAUGAGUUCUACGAAAUGUGCAAUGAACUCGGAAUCAUGAUUUGGCAGGACUUUAUGUUUGCUGUUGCUCUUUACCCAACUGACCACAGCUUCCUAGAUUCAGUAAGAGCCGAAAUUACGCAUCAGGCAAAGCGGUUAAAAUCUCACCCGUCUAUCAUUUUAUGGAGCGGGAACAAUGAAAAUGAAGCAGCAAUUGCAUACAACUGGUUCUCUAUUCCAAGCGCAAAGAAGAGCGUUUAUGCCGACGAUUAUGUCACACUUUAUGUAAAGAAUAUCCGAGAGAUUGUUCUUGCUGAAGACGAGACUCGCCCUUUCAUUACCUCCAGCCCUACCAAUGGUCUGGAGUCGGCCAAGGAAGGCUGGCUAGCUCAUGCUCCUUACGACACUCAUUUCGGAGAUAAUCAUUACUACAACUAUGUGAGUGACUGCUGGGAUUGGACCACCUUCCCCAGAACACGAUUUGCCUCAGAGUAUGGCUUUCAGUCCUGGCCUUCCUUCAGUGCCCUGGCACAGGUGUCAUCUGAGGAGGACUGGUCUUACGCUAGCAAUUUCUCCUUGCAUCGGCAACACCACGCUAACGGCAAUGACCAAAUGCUUCAUCAGGCAGGCCUCCAUUUUAAGCUGCCGCAGGAAGGAGACCCCCUCAAGAACUUUAAGCAUUCCAUCUACCUCACUCAGAUUAUGCAGGCCCAGUGCAUAAAGUCCCAAACGGAGUUCUAUCGUCGCAGCCAAAGCGAGAUAAUCAAUGGGGAGGGGCGCACCAUGGGGGCACUAUAUUGGCAACUCAAUGAUAUCUGGCAGGCUCCUUCCUGGGCUUCUCUGGAAUAUGGUGGCAAGUGGAAGAUGCUCCAUUAUUUUGCACAGUGUUUCUUUGCUCCUUUAUUGCCUGUGGCAUACGAAGAUAAAGAUGCUCUCUACAUAUAUGGAAUCUCAGAUCUUCACGCAGAUUAUGAGCUGACACUCAGAGUCAGUCUGCAUGACUGGGGUUUAACGGAGCCAGUGUGUACCUUGGCUAAAGAGGGUGUGCUCAUCAAGGGAGGAGCAGCUGUCCCCAUCUACAAGGAGCCCAUCAGUGACCUUCUGAAACAAUGUGGAAAUUGUACCAGGCAAAGCUGUGUUGUCACCUUUUUCCUUGAGGGUGAAGAGGAGCUCUCCAGCCCAAGCAAUUACCACUUCCUGUCCUCAUUGAAGGAUGCAGUGGGAUUAAAGAAUCCACAACUUCUUGCUUCUGUUUCCCAAGAAGGAGAUCAGUUUCAGAUUAUCCUGGAAGCCACAGCCAUCGCUCCUUUUGUUUGGUUGGAUGCUGGAAACAUCCCAGGAAGAUUCAGUGACAAUGGUUUCCUUCUCACUGAGAAACGGAGAGUCAUACUGUUCUACCCUUGGGAAACCACUAGCGCCAAAGAGCUGGAGAAGUCGCUCAGCUUAACAUCAUUGACAGACAUUUCCUGAGGAAAGGCCUGAAGGAGGGAGAGGAAGCUGAAUGGAAAUGGGAAUGAAACGCCGCAGCAAGAGAGGCACAAAGUAGGACCAUUAAACAUCAUUCUUGUGCCAGCAUCUUCCACACUUGGGACCCUUUUGCUCAUCGGACUGGAGCCCAGAGCAAAUCAGCACAGCUACAGAACAAGGUGACCACGUAUGCUAAGAGAGCUUAAUGAAAACAGUGAAAUGAAGUGCAUAGAAUGA